GAUCCUCAAAUCCUUGCAGGUUCUGCUCAAACAAAAACAUUUCUGUGAAAGCUGUGUUUGUUACAAAGGUUGUUGCUGUGGGAAUCCGAGGUUGGAAAGCUUCAAACCCUGCAACACAACUUUAAUGGCGGCUAGAGAGGUUAUGAAUAAACCUCCUUCACUUCCUCCAUACCCUGAGAUGAUUUUGAAGGCAAUUGAAGCACUGAACGAAGAGAAUGGUUCCAACAAAUCAUCAAUAUCAAAGUAUAUAGAAUCCACAUACGGUGGAUUGCCUCAGGGUCACAAGGCACUGCUCAAUGUGCACCUUGCAAAAAUGAGGGACAGUGGGGAGCUAGUGUUUUGGAAAAACAACUAUACAAAGCGUGACCCAAACGCGCCACCGCGGCGGGGCCGUGGUAGGCCCCCCAAGCCCAAGGUCCCGCUGCCGCCGGGUACCAUGUUGGCACCGCCUAGGCCAAGGGGCCGGCCCCCAAAGGACCCAAAUGACCCACCAAGACCACCCAAGGUCAAGGCUUCAACCGGGAGUGGCAGGCCCAGAGGGCGGCCCAGGAAGAUGGCUCGGCCCGCCGGAGGCUUUGGCGGAGCUCCGCCCCCAGCCGCUAGUGGGAGGCCCAGAGGUAGGCCUCCAAAGAUGAAGUCUCCUUUUACAGAAAUUAGUGUUUAACAUUUAGAGCCUUGUAUUGGGUUUAGGCCUUGCAUGGAAAUGGAAGUGUUAUGUACAUUUGUGUAGUUGUAGUUGCUGUGAGCCUUUGAUGGUUUGUAAAUUGUAAUUGUGAAAAUAGGAGAAUGGUUAGAGUUGAUGAACUCUCUAAAAUUCUUGAUUUGAAGAAUAUGUG